UUGAAUAGUUUUAUACGGUCUUUCAACAAGACCGGUCGUUUUCCGGGAAAUUACUGAAAAAAAAGUUGUACAGAAUGUUGCGACAUUCAAAAUUAUUACACAUAAUUUUGUGUUGGGGUCUUGUAGCGUUUGGCGUAUCGACUGUCGUUUUGGGCAUACAACAUUCCCAAUUAACUGCCUCCAUCCAAGAUGCCGAAGAGAAAUUGGAUUAUAUGGAAACUCAAUUGUUGGGCGAAGUUAAGCCUCGUCAUAAACGUGAAUUAACACUUGAUAAUGUCAAUGAUUUAGUUGAUGAUAAUAAGAUAAAUUAUCGCUUACCAAGUGCUUUGAAACCGAUUUACUACAAUUUGUACUUGCAUCCCGAUAUCGACACCGGCAACUUUUCCGGUCAGGAGAUUAUAAACAUUCAAGUUUUGGAGGAAACUGAUGAAAUUAUUUUGCAUUCGAAUAAAUUGAAAAUUAACAAUGUUUAUGUAACCGGUUACGAAGUGCAAGAGCACUAUUUGGAUGAAGUACGAGAGUUUCUAGUGAUCAAAUUGAAAACUACAUUGAAGGUCGAUACCAAAAUUAAUUUGGGUAUUAUUUUUGAGGGUCAUAUGUUGAAUAAGAUCGUGGGUUUGUACAGUAGUACGUAUACAACUCCUGAAAAUGAGAAGAGAAAAAUUGCUACUUCCAAAUUUCAGCCAACAUAUGCUCGUCAAGCAUUUCCCUGUUUCGAUGAGCCACAGUUGAAAGCAGCUUUUAAUGUAACUUUGGUGAGACCCACAGGUGAUGGUUACCACGCUUUAUCAAACAUGAAUGAAGAGAGUUCAUUAUUUUUGGGACAAUACACUGAAGUAUAUUUUGCAUCAAGUGUUCCUAUGAGUACUUAUUUGACAUGUUUUAUUGUUUCUGAUUUCGAGUCAAAAAAAGAGAAAAUAAAUGCUGUAUACGGUGAAGAUUUUGAAUUACGCAUCUUUGCUACUAAACACCAACUGGAAAAGACAAAUUUUGCCCUUAAAACUGCAGUAGCUGUCACGGAAUUUUAUAUUGAAAAUUUCAAAGUGGAAUAUCCUUUGCCAAAAUUAGACAUGGCAGCCAUACCCGACUUUGUUUCGAACGCCAUGGAACAUUGGGGCUUAUUGACUUAUCGUGAAACUGCUCUAUUAUACGAUCGUGCUUUCAGUUCCACUUGGAAUAAACAGCGUACAGCCGCAGUAAUCGCCCACGAGGUGGGUCAUAUGUGGUUCGGUAAUUUGGUAACUAUGAACUGGUGGAAUGACUUGUGGCUAAAUGAAGGAUUUGCCCGUUUUAUGGAAUACAAGGCUAUAAAUCAUGUCUACGAAGAUUGGGGUUUGCCCGAUCAAUUUUUGGUGAAUGCUUUACAUGGUGUAAUGAAGUACGAUUCUUCGGUGGCCUCUCAUCCCAUUGUUCAGACAGUCGAAAAUCCCGAUCAAAUCACCGAAAUAUUCGAUACUAUCAGUUAUGAAAAGGGUGCCUCUAUAAUACGUAUGUUGGAAGACUGUGUGGGCACUGAGAAAUUCGAACAAGCCGUUACAAAUUAUUUAACUAAAUUUAAAUAUAAAAACGCUGUUACCGAUGAUUUUAUCAAUGAAGUGGCAAACACUGGUUUAGAUUUUGAUGUCAAAUUUAUGAUGCGUACAUGGACUGAGCAAAUGGGUCUGCCCGUUGUAAAUGUAGUUCGUACAUCUCCUACAACAUUUGAAUUGACACAAAAACGUUUCUUUUUAAACAUUGAGGAUUAUAAUAAUAUUUAUGAUGAUUCUGAAUUCAACUACACUUGGACCAUACCAUUGACCUAUUUCUACGAUAAUGAUGCUACCGUACGGCGUAAAUGGUUUAAUUACGAUGAUACUUCAGUUUCUGUGUCCGUUCCCAUCGAUAGUAAAUGGUUAAAGUUAAACAGCCAUCAAGUGGGUUAUUAUCGUGUCAAUUAUGAGGAUUCAAUGUGGGAUGCAAUUAUUGAAGAUUUAGUAGCAUCACCUGAAAAACUCACAAGUGCCGAUCGUGCUCAUUUGCUUAACGAUGUCUUCUCACUGGCGGAUGCAAAUCAAGUUUCUUAUGAGAUUGCUCUCGAUAUGACUACUUAUCUAAGUCAAGAGAAAGAUUUUGUUCCGUGGAAUGUGGCUGCCAGCAAGUUGCAAGCUUUGCAGGGUAAUCUUAUAUUUACAGAUUCCUAUUCGGAUUAUCUGAAGUAUGCUCGUGGACUCAUUAACAAAGUCUACCAGGAGGUUACAUGGACUGUUGAUGAGGACAACCAUUUAAGAAAUCGCUUGAGAGUUAGCAUCUUAACUGCUGCCUGUUCAUUGGGCAUGCCCGAUUGUCUGAAAGAAGCCUCUGCUCGCUUUACCAAUUUCUUAGCUAAUCCUGAAAACAAACCCGAUCCUGAUUUACGUGAAAUUGUUUACUACUAUGGCAUGCAGAAUAUUGGCAAACAGAAAGAAUGGGAUCAAUUAUGGGAAUUGUUUAUUACUGAACAAGAUGCCAGUGAAAAAUUGAAGUUGAUGUAUGGUUUGGCUGGUGUAAAAGUUCCCUGGCUGCUGAGAAGAUUUAUUGACUUGGCUGAAAAUGAGAGCUAUGUACGUCGUCAAGAUUACUUUAACUGUCUGCAAAAUAUUGCUGGCAAUCCCGUUGGAGAACCUGUGGUGUGGGAAUUUGUUCGUGAACAUUGGGAGGAUUUAGUAGCACGUUUCACACUGAAUGAACGUUAUUUGGGUCGUAUGAUUCCAGCUAUUACGGCACGCUUUUCCACUGCCACCAAAUUGGAAGAGAUGGAAGCUUUCUUUGCAAAAUAUCCUGAGGCUGGCGCUGGUACAGCUUCUCGCCAACAAGCUUUAGAAACAGUUAAGUACAAUAUCAAUUGGAUGAAAACAAACUUGGAUCAAGUUACCCAAUGGUUGGCCAAACAAUAAAUUAAUAAAAAUUGUAUAAUAAUAAAAUAAAUUUUUAGAUUUAUUGAUAAUUUUUUUAUAGAAAUGUUUGAAAAAUAUUUGUUAUAAAAAAAAAUAAAAAGUGGAAUUUUUGUUACAGAA